AUGCAAUGUUUCAACAAAACACCAAUAUUUGAUCGGCAAAUUUUGAUAGUUGCAGACAUUACCAAUGCCCUCGAAGAUUCGUACCUGGAUAUUUUAUCAGACGACGAUGACGGUAAACAGUCAGAAGAGUCACCUCCUGUGAGAGAGUCUAGUCUAAGUGAUUCUGAUUCAGGUUCUCCUUCAGAAUUUGAAAGCGAAUCUCGGCCUUUGUCAGAAAUUUUUACUUCAUCGUCAUUCUGUCGAGGGCGUUCUACAACUAGAGGUGGAGCUAGAACACGAGGAGGUCGUUCAACAACUAGAGGUGGAGCUAGAACACGAGGAGGUCGUUCUACAACUAGAGGUGGAGCUAGAACACGAGGAGGUCGUUCUACAACUAGAGGUGGAGCUAGAACACGAGGAGGUCGUUCUACAACUAGAGGUGGAGCUAGAACACGAGGAGGUCGUUCUACAACUAGAGGUGGAGCUAGAACACGAGGAGGUCGUUCUACAACUAGAGGUGGAGCUAGAACACGAGGAGGUCGUUCUACAACUAGAGGUGGAGCUAGAACACGAGGAGGUCGUUCUACAACUAGAGGUGGAGCUAGAACACGAGGAGGUCGUUCAAGAUAA